UUACGGACCAUCGAUGUUCAGGCGGACGGGCAAAUCGAGAAUCUCAUUCCAGUAAUAAUGCUCAACGAAGGCGUCGACUGCAACACCGCCAUAAAAUUAGCUAUUAUGCUGGUCGAGGAGGCAUCAUACGGUUUUUCUAAGAUCGAGACGCAUCUACAAGCUUAA